CUGGCUGGGUCGGAUACUCCAUUGGGCAACUGGUGGGGAGAAAGUCGAUGCUGCCACCCGGUGCCUGAAAUUUAUGACAUUCUAAGGAAAAGCUAUGACAAGUUAAAUGACAAGCAGCUGCCACUGUUACUGGAUGUUGCUUGCUUCCUCCAUGGGAUGUUGAGAUCUAGACUUUUAAACUUUACGAAAACUAGUUGCUACGAUGCCUAUAGUGAUGUAAAGGAUCUAAUCAAUAAGUCACUACUGGUUUGUGUCUAUGGCAAGGAUGGCAAGACGAUUGAGGUGCACGCUUUGCUUAAAUACAUGGCUUGGCAAAUUGUUAACGCGGAACGGGAGCUUCGAAAGCGGAGCAGGCUGGAGAAUCCUAAAGACAUCACUGAAUUAAUGCAUACUCUUAAGCUUGUGAACCUGGUGGAGCUUGACCUUUACGGCUGUUAUUAUCUCACUGCACUCCUAGACCUGUCCAUGUCUAAACAUCUUGAGGUCCUCAUACUCCAUGAUUUCAAAAGCCUGGUUGAUCUACCUUCGUACGUCAGAUAUCUCGACAAACUACUGAGGUUGGAUGUCGAAGAUUGUUGCAACUUAGAGCGCAUUCCAACCAAACUUAAGUCUAAGCACCUCAAGUAUGUGUUAAUGUCCAAAUGUUUCAAGGUCACCCAUUGUGCGGAUAUUAAUUCAAAGGAGCUAGAGAUUUUGGAUUUAGAUAGGAUGCCUAUCAGUGUAGCACCGCCGGCUUCUAUCUACAACAAGAUGCAGCAGCGUGGCAUCCUAAGUCUAGAUUGCCCAGAGACCAUCAGUUUCCCUCAAGUUCCGGCAAGGUUAGAGAAGUUCAGUCUGUCCAACACGUCGAUAACAAAGAUCGAACUUCAAGUGGACAUGGAGGGCUUCACUUGGCUUGCUAUAACAAGCUCCAAGCUUCUCAAGCAUGUUCCAUCGACCAUCAACAAUAUGAAAUUCCUGCAGGUUCUCAAUUUCUCUGGCACGACUAUUGAGACCUUGUCGUCAUGUAUUCAGGAACUAAACGAGUUGUUGAUGCUAGAACUGAGCAACUGCUCAAGGCUUGAGUCCAUCCCGGACAUCAUUCACAAACUUGCCAAGCUAUCAUUAUUGAUUGUGAUGGGGAGCAAGAGGCUUACUUUGUUACCACGACUUCCACCACGCCUCAAGCUUUUGUCUGCGAGAUUUUGCAAGUCCUUACGAGCUCUUCCAAGCGACAUAGGCAGGAUGAGUUGCCCUGUAAUGUGGUUUGAUUGUUGCUCGCAGUUGGAUCGGGCUUUGCUUGCCGACAUGGUAUCGGGUUUCCUCCAACAAGUCAUGCCUCUGUAUUCUCAGAUAUGGUAA